CAAGCGCUAACGUUUAUAAGCAACGUUUUAUUUCCGUAAUAAGCUAGCAGGCUAACAGCUAGCGAGUGGGAGGGAACCAUCUCGUUUCCUGGUCGUCUUUGUGGCCUUCAAUACUUUAUUGUGUCUAGUCCGACGGGUUAAAAAAACUCUUUAAUUGUUGUCAUUUUUCACACAAUAGAAGCAUAAUGUUGGAGUCGAAAGCAUUGAUAGUAGAAGUGGUGAACUCCCUGCUUAGUGUACGUCUGUGUGUGGUUUACUUUUGCCAAGUCACUCAUUAGUUUUGUAAAAAAAACAACAACUUGACGCGAAAUGAGUCGUUCUUUAUGAUGUUUUAAUGUCAUAUUUGUGAGACAAAAAGUGAAACUUCACAUUGAAAAUUCGAGAAAACGUCGGCUGCAUACUUGUUUUGUUUUCGUCUUUUACAAGCGCUAACAUUUAUUUCCGUACCCGUUUAUAAGCAACGUUUUAUUUCCGUAAUCAGCUAGCGAGUGGGAGGGAACCAUCUCGCUUCCUGGUCGUCUUUGAGGCGUUCAAUACUUUAUUGUGUCUAGUCCGACGGGUUAAAAAACUCUUAAAUUGUGGUCUUUUUUCAUGCAAUAGAAGCAUAAUGUUGGAGUCGAAAAUAUUGACAGAAGUGGCGAACUCCCUGCUUAGUGCGUGUGACUCACCGGAGCAGAAGGGCGGACAUCAUGGAUCUGCGUUGCCGGGACUGGAUGGCCGCUUUGCCGGAGGAGCUGUGGGACGUCCCGCUCAACCACCUGGCCAUACCUGGAAGUCACGACACCAUGAGUUAUUGUCUGGACAUCAACUCUCCGCUGGUCAGGUCUGAGUCGGACAUCUUCAGGAUCCUGGAUGGACUUUGCUGCUGCUUCACCAGGCCCACCAUCUACAAGUGGGCCACCACGCAGGAUCGCUGCAUCGAGGACCAGCUGGCGAUGGGCAUCCGUUACUUCGACCUGCGCGUGGCACGCAAGCCCAGCGAGCCGGGGUCACACCUAUACUUCACGCACAUCCUCUACACACACCUGACGGUGCUGGAGACGCUGGCGUCCAUGGUGUCCUGGCUGGACGCUCACCCCAAGGAGGUGGUCAUCCUGGCCUGCAGACACUUUGAGGGAAUGGACGAUCAAAUCCACGAGUCCUUCAUCUUGGCGCUGCAGCACCUCUUCGGCGCCAAGCUGUGUCCUCGCCAGGAACCCGAUCUGACCCUCAGGGCUCUGUGGGCGUCGGGUCACCAGGUGCUCCUGUCCUACGACGCAGACGUGGCGUCCAGACACGCUCAGCUGCUCCCCGCCAUCCCCUACUGGUGGGCCAACCAGGGCACGGCCCGCGGCGCCAUCAGAUACCUGGAGUGGCAGCAGCAGCUGGGACGCCCAGAGGGCUUCUUUGUGACGGGCCUGAACCUGACGGCAGCCAGGAAGUACAUCCUGACCAAUCCCAAGCAGUCCCUGCGCACGCUCACCUGGGCCCAGUGGGAGUACCUGAGCAAGUGGCUGCAGGACCAGAGACCCGGCUCGGACCGCCGCAGCCUCAACAUCAUCGCGGCAGACUUUGUGGGCCCGCUUCCUCUCUGCUCGCUGGUCAUCGGCCUCAACAGGAAACUGCUGACUCGCCACAACUCCGACUGAUAUCAACAUGCAUUCCGUACACCUGUAUCAGAACCACCACAACAUCAUGAUGAUGACAUCACAUACCAUUCCAUCCGAGUCCCGUUCCUGGGUUGGACAUUCCAUUCUCUGCCCCCUCUCCUUCCUGGAGGGGUGGGGCGCAGAUUCGGUGACCACAGAUGAGGCGCUAGCUGUCCAAAGUCGGGACCCAGGGUGGAUCACUCAUCUGUGCAUCAGUCUCUGCGCUGCUGACCUGUCUCCACUCAAGAUGAUCUCCUGCUGGCCCCACUAUGGACUGGACUCCCACUAUCAUGUUAGAUCCACUAUGGACUGGACUCCCACUAUUAUGUUAGAUCCACUAUGGACUAGACUCUCACUAUCAUGUUAGAUCCACUAUGGACUGGACUCUCACUGUCAUGUUAGAUACACUAUGGACUGGACUCACUAUUAUGUUAGAUCCACUAUGGACUGGACUCUCACUAUCAUGUUAGAUCCACUAUGGACUGGACUCCCACUAUCAUGUUAGAUCCACUAUGGACUGGACUCUCACUACCAUGUUAGAUCCACUAUGGACUGGACUCACUAUUAUGUUGGAUCCACUAUGGACUGGACUCUCACUAUCAUGUUAGAUCCACUAUGGACUGGACUCCCACUAUUAUGUUAGAUCCACUAUGGACUGGACUCACUAUUAUGUUAGAUCCACUAUGGACUGGACUCUCACUAUCAUGUUAGAUCCACUAUGGACUGGACUCCCACUAUUAUGUUAGAUCCACUAUGGACUGGACAAGGUUUCUCAUUGUCCCAUUGGGUUGAGUUUUUCUUUGCCCUGAUGUGGGAUCUGAGCCGAGGAUGUCGUUGUGGCUUGUGCAGCCCUUUGAGACACUCGUGAUUUAGGGCUAUAUAAGUAAACAUUGAUUGAUUGA